ACACUGAGCCUACAGACCUCUGAGUGAACCUCACCAGCAGGAAAUACACCGCGGAGGCGGCCGCCGCUCACAUCGUAAAAUUAUCGCCGCUGUUUGUCGUUAGUUGAAGCCAGCCGAUUUGAAAGCUAGUGAAGAUCAAGGUGGUGGAAACUUUUAAUCUUCUAGGUGCUGAAAAACAUAAAUAUCCACGCCAGCAAAUGAUACACAAGAUGCCUGGUGAAGUUGAUAACUUGAAGCCAAGAAAGAGGAAGAGCAACACAGAGAGCAGAAGCUCCAGAAAGGCGGCUGCUGCGAGGAGAAGAUGCGUGAAAAGUCCAAAGACACAGUCGUCAGCAGAGAGUAGCUCAGUAGUUGGGAACACUAAAGCAGCUGGUCCUCUGGAGAGACUCUCUUGCAUCAUCUGUGAAUGCCACCAGUCUGCUGGCAGGAGGAGGUGCUCAGCAUCACCAGAGCAUGAAGGACAGGAAGGUAAAGAGAACGCGCUGAUGAUAGGACAGGAUUUGGACAGCUGCAUAAUGAAUAGCAUCUGGGACAAACCGGAACCUGAGCAUAUGGAUUAUGAAGAAACUGGCAAAAUCAUGUUCCCAGAUGAUGACAGUAAUCAGAUUCUUCCUGUGGAGCAGUUCUUCGGAAACUUGGAUGCUGUACAGGACUUUCCCGAAAGAUCGUCCGCAUCUUCUAGCCGCGCCCAGAGGAAGAACAGGAGGCGACAUUACUACGCACGAGAGGACAGCGAUGAAGAGGAGUUCAGCACCGUGCGGCGAGAUGACGGAGUGGGCACUUAGUGAAGAGUUGCUUCUCAUAACUGAUAAAGGUCUGCUUAUGAAAAGUCAUUAAACCUCUCAGCACUUAGAAAACUACCUGCUCAAACACUGCAUUCAAUCAGUAAUUAGAUUUAAAAAAAACAAACACACAAACAUCAUAGCUGCAGUAAUAAAAUGAAAACGGCCAACGUGAGCAAAUGCAGUAGUGUUUGUUAAAUUAUUGCUGAAUGUAUGCUCACAUAACACCUGGUGUAGCCAUACCUGGUGUCACCAGUGUUUACAGCACUUUCCUAUAGAAAAACUAAUCAGUGUAAGAUAAUGCUUUAUAAUUUGAGUGCUGCUUCAGAUGAGCCUCAGAGAUGCUGGAUUUAAGCUAAAACAUCCAGAUUGACCCCCCCCACCCCCACACACACACACACACAAAUGAAAACAUUAAUUGCAAAUGUUACAUAUUGAUAAAAUCAAUUUCAGUCUAAUUUCAUAUUAUAUGUAUUUAAUGAGGAAGG